GCGCGGUGGGCGUGAUCCGGGCACUUAGGGCAGGAUGAACGCUGCUUUCCAAGAUGGCGACGGAGGGAGGAGGGAAGGAGAUGAACGAGAUUAAGACCCAGUUCACCACCCGGGAAGGUCUGUACAAGCUGCUGCCGCACUCGGAGUACAGCCGGCCCAACCGGGUACCCUUCAACUCGCAGGGAUCCAACCCUGUCCGCGUCUCCUUCGUAAACCUCAACGACCAGUCUGGCAACGGAGACCGCCUCUGCUUCAAUGUGGGCCGGGAGCUCUACUUCUAUAUCUACAAGGGGGUCCGCAAGGCUGCUGACUUGAGUAAACCAAUAGAUAAAAGGAUAUACAAAGGAACACAGCCUACUUGUCAUGACUUCAACCACCUAACAGCCACAGCAGAAAGUGUCUCUCUCCUAGUGGGCUUUUCCGCAGGCCAAGUCCAGCUAAUAGACCCAAUCAAAAAAGAAACUAGCAAACUAUUUAAUGAGGAAAACUCUUGUCAGCCCUUGUGGAAGGUGGAUUGGAAUGAAGAGAGAAGAGGUAGCAAGACCAGUGAGGAGGCUCUAGUAACUGUCCAGAGACUAAUAGACAAGUCACGAGUAACCUGUGUCAAAUGGGUUCCCGGUUCGGAAAGCCUUUUCCUAGUAGCCCAUUCAAGUGGGAACAUGUACUUGUAUAAUGUGGAGCACACUUGUGGCACCACAGCCCCCCACUACCAGCUUCUGAAGCAGGGCGAGAGCUUUGCCGUGCACACUUGCAAGAGCAAAUCCACAAGGAACCCUCUCCUUAAGUGGACGGUGGGCGAGGGGGCCCUCAACGAGUUUGCUUUCUCCCCAGAUGGCAAGUUCUUGGCGUGUGUGAGCCAGGACGGGUUUCUGCGGGUGUUCAACUUUGACUCAGUGGAGCUGCACGGCACCAUGAAAAGCUACUUUGGAGGCUUGCUGUGCGUGUGCUGGAGCCCGGACGGCAAGUACAUUGUGACAGGCGGAGAGGACGACCUGGUCACAGUCUGGUCUUUUGUAGACCGCCGGGUGAUAGCUAGAGGCCACGGGCACAAGUCCUGGGUCAGUGUGGUGGCAUUUGAUCCCUAUACCACUAGUGUAGAAGAAAAUGACCCUAUGGAGUUUAGUGGCAGUGACGAGGACUUCCAAGACCUUCUUCACUUUGGCAGAGAUCGAGCAAAUAGCACACAAUCCAGGCUCUCCAAACGGAACUCUACAGAGAGCCGCCCCGUCAGUGUUACGUACCGAUUCGGCUCCGUGGGCCAGGAUACGCAGCUCUGCCUGUGGGACCUAACGGAAGACAUCCUUUUCCCUCACCAGCCCCUCUCGAGAGCAAGGACACACACAAAUGUCAUGAAUGCCACAAGUCCUCCUUCUGGGGGCACUGGGAACAGUGUCACAAGCCCGGGCAACUCUGUGCCCCCUCCGCUGCCACGGUCCAACAGCCUCCCCCAUGCCGCCGUGUCCAGUGCCAGCAGCAAGAGCAGUGUGGCGGAUGGGGCCGUUGCUUCUGGGGCCAGCAGAUUCGCAACGCUCUCACUGCACGACCGGAAGGACAGGCACCAUGAGAAGGACCACAAGCGGAACCACAGCAUGGGGCACAUUUCUAGCAAGAGCAGCGACAGACUGAACCUAGUUACUAAGACGAGAACGGACCCCGCCAAAACUCUGGGAACACCCCUGUGUCCACGAAUGGAAGACGUUCCCUUGUUAGAGCCGCUCAUCUGUAAAAAGAUAGCACAUGAAAGGCUGACUGUGUUAAUUUUUCUUGAAGACUGUAUAGUCACUGCUUGUCAGGAGGGAUUUAUUUGCACAUGGGGAAGGCCUGGUAAAGUGGUAAGUUUUAAUCCUUGAUGCUGCGCCAGAACCUGAGUAGGCAGUGACGCUUUCCUACGGGAGGGGUGGGGUGUACGAUGAAUGUGAGUGACACUUCUUACCCUAAUGUAAGUCUAAAUGCAUCAGAGCCAUAAUUUUGGAUACUGCAUGCCAUGUAAUUCUGAAUCAUUUGAUAAUUCACCUUAGAACAUUUAAAAAAAUAUAAUCAAACUAAUUGCCAGCCAGUCAGUCACCCUCCUGGGAGUAUAUAGAGCCCAAGGCUAGCGUUCCUGUAUCAGACAACUUCAGUUUUAGGAGAAUCAUGACAGUGUGGGAAAUGACUUUAAAAUAAUGAAAUUAAAAUUUCUGCUUCAACUGGAAUAUUUUUGCUUAACUACCCAGUUAGAAUAUUGUAUACCUGAUCAGAGCGUGCUCACUAUGGACGGCCAUUAAUUGUCAUUUAUAGUCCAGUUUUUUAUCUUAAUCAUAAAAUGUUUAGGAAUCUAUGAAAUUUAACUUUAGGAACAAAGCGUUCAGCAGGGUUGAUUGAUAACUCUUUUCACGUUGUUCUGGCAAUCCACAGAAAAAGAAGAGCCUUAAUUUUUAAAACCCAUUUUAGUCAUUUUAUGACAAUUAAAGUUGUUUAAUAAACAUCUUUUUCAAAGAAGCAGUUUGUAGCACUCUGAUUGAGAUUCGGUGCACUCCAUAAAAUGCCACAGUCCUCAGAGCCUAGACAGCUAACGAGCUGCAGGCUGGGGGCGCCACCUGCUGUUGUGAAGUGCCUCUCGCCACAGAAGCCAAGAUCUUUAUGUCAAAUGCGCUUUAUGUUUUUUUUCCAACAAGGGAAAAGAGGUUUUGUUUUCUUUUGUUUUUUGUGGGUGUUUUUGUUUUUUUUCGUUUGGUCAAAAAGGCACAUGGCUGCAGGCCCCAGGCAGACCCUCAGCUUUGCUUUGUGAAGGCUCAUUGACGCCACUGCGAGCGUUUCCUGAAGGCACUGGUCUGGGUUCUGUUCUCCCUCCAGAGGGGAAGCACCAGAGCAGGUUUGCCCCCUUUUCUUAUUGUUGGAUGGCUGUCAAGAUUCCAGGAUCAUUCUUGGGACACUGAGGCUGACCUGUCCCGUGGGCUGUGUCCCUGGACCAGGAGCACAUCACCCUGCAGCCUGGGUAGUGGCUGCUCAGGACACGGUGUGCUCACACCCCUGCAGGAGACCCGGUUCCCUGGGAAACUGCAGUGUGUGACCCUCAUUCCUUAAGAUCCCUACCAUCUGGGUGAGGAGUUUCCAGUUCGUUUUCACAGUGGAUGAGAUGGUUCUUUGCGCUAUAUAUUUUAUGUCAAGUUGACGAUUAUAUUGUUUGUUAACUUAUUUUGGUAUUUAGGUUGUUUUUCUAUUUUGCACACCUUUGUAAUUAAAUAGAUACUGAUUGUUUAUCCUUGUUUGAGUAGUGAAUGCAAUCCAGGGAAGUGAAGGCUGGGAGACCGGCACCACGGUGAGGGGGCCGCAGCAGCUCUGCGCGCUCUUGAGCACUCCCCGCAGGCCAGGCCAGGCUGGGGUCUGCGUCCUGCUCCCGCACGCGUCACACUGGGCAUGCCCUCCGCACCCAUUGUGCUCCCUGGUGUGUGGGUUUCUGUUACCUGGUAGCCGGCGCAGUGUCCUGCCACGUGAAAACCAUAGUGGCCUUCCAGGUGCACCUCAGCCUGGUUUUGCUUCUGGUCCUUCUUAUUGUUAAGAUAUGGUCCUUUGUUCCUAAAUGUUAACUAGUCUAAGGUGGCAAAGACAGCCAUCCUUGUGGAUGUUUCAACUUUGGAGGCUAAAUUGGGCUGUCGGGUGGAGAGAUUAGUAAUCACUUCUCCACAUGCAAUUAUAUGUACCUACAAAGUUUCGGAAAUUCAGUGUCAAAUGCUUCUGAGGCAUUGAGUAUGCAGUUUCAAAAUUCAGGACUUUGUAUUUGGUCUAAGUGAAGAGGGGCUGAUCGGAGGUAAGUGGCCUUUAUGGGGAAGCUUACUGCAGCCUUUCGACCCUGGUGCCAGCAGUGGCCUGGCUGUGGACAUGCGUGCCCUGGGGACCCACGCCGGAGCCACAGGCGCCAUGCGGAUCCUCCAGCCCUCUAGCGUGCUCAGCUAGCAGGGGGUCAGGCCAGACCGUGGCCAGGCGACUCACCUAGGAGGCCGUCUGGUGGUGGGGGUUGUAGGGGGUGGCAGAGGCCAGAGGAGAGGAUUACUGUGUCCUUGAAAACAGGCUCUGAAAUGUGCCAGUGGGAAGAAGCCUGUGGUGUCCCCCCACUCGCCCCUCUGCCUUGAGAAACGACGAUCAUGACACAGUGGAAUCUGAGGCUUGGUCACAAUCUUGUUCUUCCGUUUCUGCUGGUGAGUGUGUCCUCAACAUCUGUCUGGUGCCCUGUCUGAGCCCCUUGCUGGAGGUCAGGUUCCGGGGACGCUGCAUGGCUGACCCCUGGCCCCGCCACACCCUGCUCGGUGCUCCGCGCCCCUGACACCUGCCCCCUUUCUUUGACGGCCAGCAGAGCACUUCUCCUGCAGGCAGGAGCACAGAAUGCAAGGCGUUCUCCGAGACCAGGACUGAAGUGGCCGGCAUCUUGAGAAGAGGGCACUGGAGGGGGUGGCUCCCUCCUCCCCUGGAUUCACGCCUCAGUGGGGGCCCUUGUGGACCUGGUUGGGGGGGCGCGGGGCCCGAUUUCAGGUGCAGGGGGAACCUGGGGAGCGUUUCUGUCAUUUUCUCACCAAACUUUGAGCUUCAUUGAAAUUUGCAAAGUUUUUCAGCUUAAACAUCCUGAACAGGAAUAUGUUUUCUAAUUUAACCUCUGGAAUAAAACAGCUGUUUGGGGAAGAGGAGGCUCUGGCCAUUUGGUUAGUGUGACUUUUCUCUUGUGAGCUGAAACACAGGUAAGAAAAGCACAGCCAGAGCUCGGCUCCCUCCCAGCAAGAAGGGCCUCCCUGUGUGCCCAGAGCCCCCCCAGGGGCGCAGCGGGGCGGGGGCCUGUCUGCCUGCCCUGCUCUGGCUCACCUCUCUUAAACUGGGAACCCCAGAAGCCAGGUUUCCGCUGGGCAUUGGUGAGGCAGGUUCCUGAAGCCCCCAGCUGCCCCUGCUGCAGCCCUUCUCAGAGAUCCUCCUGUUGUCCAGGGGCUGGGGAAUUAAAAAUCCCCUGAGAGGGCUGGAGAAGAAAGCCUUUGGAAAACCUUGCCUUCUCCUAAAAGCAAAUGUGUGAGAGGGAGUAGGCAGACUCUUUAAAAAUAACCCAUAAUGCUGGGUUCUAAAUUUACUUAAAUAGUGGUAAAGAAUCUUAAUUUUGUCUUUGUGUUGAUUGAACCUUCUGGCAUUUUUGAAGUGUUCUGUGAGCCAUUGGCUUGGGACUUAAAGGCCUAUGAUAGAAAAAUGGAGGCAUUGAAAAACAGAAAUAAGCUAUAACAAUGACUACUAAUUGCCUCUGACACCCAGAAACCAAGAGGAACAAAAAUGCUUUGAAGCUUCACCAGUUUCACGGCACGUACACAGCCCCCAGGUGCGGUGCAGCGUUCUGCUUCACUCACUUAACAUCCGAGUCCUGGCAGAGAGCCAGGCAGCCAUUUCUUCCCAAUUCCUCUACUUCCUGUGGGGCAGCUUUAAUUUUUAAGAAAUCGUCAAGUAUUGUGUUUGCACUGAGUUGGCGAAGCCACUUCUCAGGUGUCUGCACCUGGGUACAAGCUCAUCGUCUCGUGCUUGGAGGGAGAUGUUUAUUUCUUUGCCGAGGAAGCUCAAAGUGUGAGGGGAAAAGCGAAAGGGUCAGGGAGGCGCCACGUGCUGUGCAGCCCUGUCGAGGAAGGGCUAGCAGCGGGGCUCAAUUGCUGAUUUUCCAGAAGAGACGCACGGAGCGCAGCUUCCCGUUCUGCGUGGGAGGGCGACCUGUGGUGGCCGCCACGCAUAGGUGAACAAGGGGAAGCAGUCGCCUCUGACUGGCAGUCCCAUUGUGCUGGGGGUGUCCACUGUUGGGGUUCCCCUCGGCAGGGAACCUCUGCGGCCGUGUGUGGGCCUGAAAAGUCACCUGGAGAUGUCUGCUGCCUGGGGCGCACAGCAGGGAAUAGUCCGCAAGGCCCUCCCCUUGGGCUGCUUUGGGUCGCCAAGGGGCUCAGCCCCAUGACCCGGGCAUGGCCAGUGAGAGCAGCCUGCAGCCUGGAAGGUGAAGUCCAGUCACAUUAACAAGCACUUGUAUUCAGCUGUGCCCUUUGAAACAGAGACCCCAAGUUCAAACCUACAUGAAAAUGCUCCUCCGGGAGAGAGAAACCGUCCCACUGGUAUUGACUUUCUGUUCAUCCCUGCAUCUGUUACAUGAACUUUGUGUCAUAGUUAAAUUGCUGUUUCUUGAUUUUAAA